AAAUGACGAGGGAAGGGGUCGGUUGGAGAGGGGUCCGUUCGACAUUGUAAAGAUCCGCCUCGCUGAUCCAGAGAAGAUCGAAUGCGGUCUUGGGAAAAGGGGGUCGUGAUGAUUGGUGGCGUUGGGGGAAUCGUUCGAGGUUGGUUUCCAAUGCGGGCCCGCCCAUGAAUGAAUGAAUUUCCAUGACGCCAGCUAAGGUGGGGAUCUGAACGGGCACACGCCCGGGCGGCGGGCAACGGGCGGUGUGGAUCCCAACCCCGGCCGCCAAGAGACGCCCUGCAGGACCCACCAAAACUUUCUUUCCUUCAAAAGUCGGCCGAGACCGGGGCCUUCCCAACAGAGAGUGUGUGCAUCGUCAGUCUUCUUGCGACUUCAACGACUGUCAUACUGAGAUGGCUUCCACAAAUUCGAAUGCACCUCGUCAUGAGGGGAGUGUGGCAGAGCAGACGGCCGGCCAUGUUAACGGUGACUAUGUGGUCAAUGGCGUGCCACAGCUGCCCACCGCAUUCCGCAACGGCAACGGCGGCCUUGGUGCUGGGGGUUUGCCCAGGAACAUGUCGCUGAACAGCUUCGCUCUGACAGAGUACAGCGCUAAGCCAACGCCCCCCGCUGAAGACAAGAAAGAUGAAGUGAAAAAGGUCGUGCCAGACGAGUAUCUGCUACCGAAUGGUAACCCAGAUCUCAUUAUCCUACGUUUACAGUAUCUUCGCCUUAUCAUCAUUUCCUACCCGCGGGUGAGAGAGGUGUGCAAAGAAACUCCUUUGGUGCACGCCGUUGGCCUGAGCAACCGACUGGAGCGCAAGGUCCUGUUGAAGCGCGAGGAUGAGCAACCGGUAUUCAGUUUCAAACUCAGAGGAGCGUACAACAAGAUGGCUCAUCUUGACGCUACCGAGUCCUGGAAGGGUGUCGUUUGUUGCAGCGCUGGCAAUCAUGCUCAGGGCGUUGCUUACUCGGCCCGCAGGUUGAAAAUCCCAGCCACUAUUGUGAUGCCCAAGGGCACACCAAGCAUCAAGCAUCUCAAUGUAUCGAGAAUGGGCGGACACGUUGUUCUUCACGGCGCCGACUUUGACGAGGCCAAGGAGGAAUGUGCUCGGCGGGCAAAGCAGGAUGGCCUGAUAAACAUUCCCCCGUUCGACGACCCUUAUGUUAUUGCCGGCCAAGGAACUAUCGGUAUGGAGAUUCUCUCACAAACAAACCUGCAGAAGCUUGAUGCCAUCUUCUGCUGCGUGGGUGGAGGCGGCCUGAUCGCCGGCGUUGGUGUGUACGUCAAGCGUAUUGCACCGCAUGUCAAGAUCAUUGGCGUGGAAACGUACGACGCGGAUGCGAUGACUCAGUCUCUCGACAAGGGGGAGCGUGUGCUUCUCAAGGAUGUUGGGUUGUUCGCCGAUGGCGCCGCGGUCAAGAUUACGGGCGAGGAAACGUUCCGUAUUUGUCAGGAGGUUGUGGACGAAAUGGUUCGGGUAACCACAGACGAGGCCUGUGCCGCUAUCAAGGACAUGUUUGAGGAUACCAGGUCUAUCAUUGAACCAGCUGGUGCCUUGGCCAUUGCCGGUCUGAAGAAGUGGGUGGCCGCCAAUCCAACCCCGGAUCCUACACGGUCUGUCGUGGCCAUCACAUCCGGCGCAAACAUGAACUUUGACCGCUUGGGCUUUGUUGCAGCCCGUGCUACGUACGGCGAGGGAAGAGAGGCUUUACUUGCAGCCCGCAUCCCAGAAAGCCCUGGAGCCUUCGCUGAACUCAUCAACGCCGUCAUGCCUCACUCUGUCACCGAGUUUAGCUAUCGUUACGCCAGCCCAACUGAAGCAAAUGUGCUCCUGGGUAUCUCAUUAACCGCCGUUGGUAGUGAACGCGCACAGCAACUGCAGUCGGUUAUCAGCCGCAUCAAGCAGUCCGGCACCAUGGAUAUCACCGAUCUGUCCAACGACGAGUUAGCAAAGAGUCACAUUCGAUACAUGGUUGGUGGUCGUUCUAGUGUGCCUAACGAGCGUCUGUACACAUUCCGAUUCCCAGAACGGCCCGGUGCUCUUGAGCGCUUCCUACAGACCUUGCGUGUCAAAUACAACAUCAGUCUGUUCCAGUACAGAAACCACGGUGGUGAUAUUGGGCAGGUUUUGACAGGCAUCGUUUGCCCGAACGAGGAGAUUGGCGAACUAGAAACAUUCCUCAAGAAGAUCGGCUAUCCGUGGGAGGACUGCACAGAUGCUCCGGUGUUCAAGACAUUCUUACGGUCGGAGUCAUAGACCGAAGACUUCUGCAGUUUAGAUGGAGAAUUAUACUGUAAAUCAGUU